AUGACCUCCUCUCUCUACACCUAUACCGUCCCCACCUACCUCAAGGGCCUGGAAACCCUCACCCUCCUCCUCAAAAAGGCUGAAGACUAUGCCAAAGAGAACAACAUCCCCCUCUCCGACUUCGUCGAGGCCCGUCUCUACCCAGACAUGAAGCCUCUGAGCUUCCAAGUUCAAGCCGUCAGCAACACUUCCAAGAACUCCGUCGCCCGACUCACGGACACCGAAGGCGUGGCUAUGGAAGACAACGAGACUACCUUUGAAGAAUUCUACGCUCGCAUCAACAGGACCAUCGAGGUGAUCAAGGCCGUUGAUCCUAAGCUCUUCGAGGGCAAAGAGCACACGGAGUUCCAUGUGAAAUUUGGCUCGCAUGAGGCGACUUUUACCGGCGAGUCGUACGUGAAUCGGUUUGGGCUGCCGAAUUUCUUUUUCCAUUUGAACACUGCGUAUGCGAUCUUGAGAAGUAAGGGUGUGCCGAUCGGAAAGUUUGAUUAUCUCAAGUAUUUUAAUUCGUGA